AAAUAAAUAAUGGAACCGAACCAGUGACGUCCUUAUAAACACACAGCCAUCCUUCUUCCUUUGUUACAAAACCUUAAACACAUUUUCUCUAUUAAUUAAAAGUUAGUCUCUCUCUCUCACUCAAUCUCUCUCCCUCCAUGGAAGCUCAACACCUUCAUGCCAAGCCUCAUGCUGAAGGGGAAUGGUCCACAGGCUUCUGUGAUUGCUUCACCGACUGCCCCAACUGUUGUAUCACGUUCUGGUGUCCAUGUAUUACAUUCGGCCAAGUAGCAGAGAUUGUAGAUCAAGGAUCCACCUCGUGUGGUACGGCUGGAGCACUAUACGCUUUGAUAACCGCAGUAAUCGGUUGUGGAUGUAUGUACUCGUGUUUCUAUCGUAAGAAGAUGAGAGCUCAAUACAAUAUUGGAGGUGAUGAUUGUGGAGAUUGCCUUAAACAUUUCUGCUGUGAGCUCUGUGCUUUGACUCAACAAUACCGUGAACUCAAGCACCGUGGUUUCGAUAUGAGUCUUGGAUGGGCCGGUAACGUGGAGAGACAGAACCAAGGAGGUGUGGCGAUGGGUGCUCCGGUCUUCCAAGGCGGCAUGAACCGUUAAAGUUUUAUUUCUUUAAUGUUAUUCAUUAUGUACUAAAAUAAACGAUGUUUGAUAUUAAUCCUCUGUUUGUGUUGUCUGAUAUGCUUGUUGUGAAAGUUUGAAACUGAGUAUUUUAUUCAAUGUAUAUAAAAAAAUCAAAAGUGUUAUAAUAUAACGAGAAAGUGACGCCCAA